GGGUGAGUGUCAUUUUAUUGUAUUAUUGUUUACAUAUUGCGACAAUCCAGCCUUUUUUGGAGACUGAACAUAGAAUCCAGCACAUAAAUGAGGGAAAUUUUUUUUUAGCGUGCAUAUAAUUUGGCCACUGAUUGGAUAUUGUUACAUCUCGUUGUAUAAAUUAAUUUUAUAUAAUAAAACAAGGAAGAGGACAUGCAAUCAGUUCGUAUUCCCACCAACAUAAUGGAUUUCUCACAUGCACUUGGAAUAAAUAAGCAUCAUGCUAUAAUUUUCGUUCCCGCCACAGUCACAGGCAAAGCACUUUGCAUUUUUAUAAAAAGCGGAAGCCUCCUGCGGUUAUCGUUUCAAUAAUAAUUUAUCAUGCCUUCUUCUGCAUACGAUUCAGCUUUUGAACAUGUCCGACAAAUGUGGAUACGAAGUGUACUAUUUGUCACGCAGCCCGUCUUUCAAAGACUGAUGCCCGAUCCUUACACACAAGCGGGCAAUGUACGUGUUGAUGCAAAACCAGCACAUGCUAGUCGCAUCACAAUGACUGAGAUCAUCUCGCCUGCCCAAUGUAACAUAAAAGGUUAUGCUUAUGCUGGAACUAUUUUGGGAUGGAUUGAUAUUGCUGCAGGAAUCGCAGCCAAACGUCACGCAGCAUGUCCUUCUGUAACCCGUUCUGUUGAUGAUGUCGCAUUUUUACAUUCUGUAAAAGUGGGUGAUAUUGUAUCUAUUCAAGCAUCGGUUAAUAAAUCGUGGAAGACAUCUAUGGAAGUGGGUGUAAAAGUAGAAGCAGAAAGCCCAUUAUCGAAUAAGAAAUUUUUUGUGGCUCACGCUUAUCUUACAUUUGUGGCACUUUCUCCCCGUCCUUCCGCAAAGACACAUCUUGGCAGAAUGCUUUCAGCGGGAUUUCAAACAGUCAUGGUACCUGAAUUACUACCUUUAUCUAUUAUGGAAAAUAAACGUUUUGAAAUGGCCGAAAAAAGAAGACAAGCAAGAUUCACCCAAAAAAAGCCGAAUCACCAAGCGAUUAGAAAUGAAAUGAAGGAAUGGUCUCAGGGACUAAGAGAAAAGGCGGAUGCGGAUGCACCCAUCAAGAGACACCCGGGUUAUUUUCCUAGUGGACGCUCUUCACCAAACAGAGAUACAAGUGCUGAUGAAGAUGAGGAAGACGAAGAUAUUGUCUUGUUGGCUAGAAAAAGGCAUCGAAGGUUCUCACAAGACCCAAGAAUGACACAACAAAUUAAAGAGAGACCAAUGGACUAUACCUUUGCGGAGGUAGUGGAGUUGGUAAUGCCUCAACAUGCUAAUACAUUGAGUAUCACCUUUGGAGGUCAAAUUAUGGCAUGGAUGGAGACGUGUGCUAUUGCUAGUGCAAGUAGACUUGCAAAGGCGUACCUAUUAACUGCUAGUAUCGAUAGUUUGAAUUUUAUUACUAGUUCUGGUGUAGGUGAUGUAGUAACAAUACGGUCGGUAGUGUCGAGGUCAUUUAUUUCGUCCAUGGAAGUAUAUGUCAGCGUAGAAGCAGAAAACCUAUUGACAGGUGAAAUUAAGUUUACAAAUGAUGGCUUUUUCACAAUAACGGCGGUAGAUGAUGAUAAUAUCCCCGUCAUUAUACCAAGGGCGAUUCCUCAAACAGAAUCUGGAUGUGAACUCUAUGAGAAGGGCUAUGAAAGAAGAUUAAGGCGUCUUGAACAACGUCAAGAGUUAAUAAACCUGGUCAAUUCUUCUCGUCACGGAAGUACUGAUGUGCCAGAAAUUCACAUUGAUGCAAGCCAUGAUUCAGACUAACAAAUUAAGCGGAGAUCUUUUCCUUGUUAAAGCGUCAAUCACAUAGACUGCUUUUUUUCUAUCCGUUUUAAAAAGCCACGGCCAUCUCCGAUUCUUCUCGCCUUUUUUAUUUAUUUAUUUAUUAUUUCACU